UUAGAAGAAUAUCGUAAUCGAUAAGAAAAAUAAUAAACCUCCAAAAUUUGUUGCGAUCCUUUUAACACACACGUUGAAAGCCAAAUCUCUCUCCACAGAGUCUCCGUGUUCUGAAGCUCUGAAAGCAUCUUGAAGCAGAAAUUUCUGUCUUUUCAGCAAAGGAUAGAAAACAUGAACAUCUUCACCAAGAAACCAAAUCCGAGAGAAGUUCUUAGGGAGAGUAAGAGAGAGAUGACACAAGCUACAAGAGGAAUCGAGAAGGAAAUCGGAUCUCUGCAAUCAGAAGAGAAAAAGCUAGUUCUCGAGAUAAAAAGAACUGCUAAAACAGGGAAUGAGGGAGCGACAAAGAUUCUUGCGCGGCAAUUGAUCAGGCUAAGGCAGCAAAUCGCUAACUUACAAGGAAGCCGAGCUCAGAUGAGAGGCAUUGCUACUCAUACACAGGCUAUGCAUGCACAUACUUCAGUUGCUGCAGGGAUGCAAGGUGCCACUAAGGCAAUGGCAGCUAUGAGCAAGAAUAUGGAUCCAGCAAAACAGGCCAAGGUCAUGAGAGAGUUCCAAAAGCAGUCUGCGCAAAUGGACAUGACUACUGAGAUGAUGUCAGAUGCCAUAGAUGAUGCUUUGGACAAUGACGAAGCCGAAGACGAAACUGAGGAUUUGACAAACCAGGUCCUCGAUGAAAUCGGCAUUGAUAUCGCCUCACAGUUAUCAUCUGCUCCUAAAGGUAAAAUUGGCGGCAAGACUGCACAAGAUACAAGCAGCUCUGAAAUCGAUGAACUGGAGAAGCGGUUGGCGGCACUUAGAUAGAAAGAAGAAGUGCCAUGAGCUUGAAGAAGACGGAUUCAGACCAAAAUUUCAGUACAUUUAAUGUAUCUCUUCUACAGUUUGAUUCUUUUUAUUUUCAAAUGCUGAUCACAGGAAGGGUUGUGGAUAUAUACAUACACAAGAAAUAAAUUUAGUGACUUUGUUUUUCUUUUUUUCUUGUCAUCCGAGUCUCUUCUCUUUCAAUGUCCAAUACGUCUUUGGUCUAUGCCUCCUUUGCUUUUCAGCAAACAACUAUUGAGCGCCAGAAAGAAAAAAUGUUUUGGUUCUUUUUUUUGUCUGUCCAUUUGGAUAAUAAAUAUAUAAUAAGAUCAAUGUUUAGGAUA